AUGAAAACCAUGCCACCUGCAGUUUCAUUUCUCUUCUUUCUCUUGUCAACAAGUUCGUUUUUCUCAUCGGUAGCCAACGCCGCAAGGAAGGCUGUGCUCGAUUCCGAGGGCAAAGCGCUCCGCUCAGGCGUUCAAUACUAUAUUGUUUCAACAAUACAGGGUGCCGGUGGUGCUGCCCUCGCGUCACGCUCGGUUGAAAAACCAUGUCCAAAACUCGUAGUCCUAAACGGAAAUCAACUUGGCGUGCGGGUGUUAUUUUAUCCCGACUACAACGAAACCACCGUCUAUGAAUCCACCGAUGUAAACAUACAGUUCGUCCCCGGUGCGGACCCUGACUGCAAAACAUCGACUACGUGGAAGCUCGACGACUAUGACCCUUCGUCGGGAAGAUGGUGGCUCACGGUCGGUGGGUUGUAG